AUGUCCCGAGUUGGAGUACUAGUUUUGGGACCAGCUGGAGCUGGUAAAAGCAGUUUUUGCAAUGGUAUUAUUUCUCAUAUGCAAGCUAUUGGUCGAAGAGCACAUAUCGUUAAUUUGGACCCAGCAGCUGAUCCACAAGAGUAUGAGUUCACCAUAGAUAUACGGGACUUGAUUUCCUUGGAAGAAGUUAUGGAGGAGCUAAGCUUAGGUCCAAACGGGUCGCUUGUAUACUGUUUCGAAUACUUGUUGAACAAUUUAGAUUGGUUGGAAGAAGAAAUUGGUGACUAUAAUGAUGAAUAUCUGAUAUUUGAUUGUCCGGGACAGAUCGAAUUGUAUACGCAUAUUCCGGUGCUUCCCAAGAUUGUGCAUUUCUUACAAAAUCAGAUGAACUUCAGUUUGUGUGCUACUUAUCUAUUAGAAGCCCCAUUUGUAGUAGAUACCUCCAAAUUCUUCAGUGGAGCUCUAAGUGCUAUGGCUGCAAUGAUUCUACUAGAAUUGCCUCAUAUUAAUAUACUAAGCAAAGUUGACUUGGUUAAGGACGAUUAUAGUAAGAAAAAGCUGAAACGAUUUUUAAAUCCCGAUCCGAUGUUACUGGCUGAGGAAUCCAAUGCGGAAACUAAUCCGAAAUACCAUCGCCUGAAUAAAGCAAUUGCGAACAUGGUUGAUGAUUUUGGUAUGGUCCAGUUUUUGCCCCUUCAGGCUAAAGAUCCUGAAAAUAUCGCCACCAUCUUGAGUUACAUCGACGACGUUACUCAGUGGGCUGAAAGCCAGGAACCUAAAGAGCCAAAGAAUGUUAUAGAUGUAGAUGAUGAAUAG